AUGCAAGCAUGGUACCUGGUCUUUGUGAUCUCGUACUGUUAUAGAAUAAUAGGUAAUAAGGCACCAGGGGAGGCUGAAGCACAGUGUGCAGCACUUUGUGAAAAUCACCAGGUUUAUGCUGUAGCUUCAGAGGACAUGGACUCACUGACUUUUGGUGCCCGAAGGUUUCUUCGUCACUUAAUUGACCUUGGUUAUAAGAAAUCUCCUGUGACAGAAUUUGAUGUGUCAAAGGUUUUGGAAGAACUUGGACUCACGAUGGAUCAGUUCAUUGUCUUAGCAUUGUUGUUUAGCUGUUAA